ACCGGGGAGAACAGGUACCCCGGGUGCGCACGCCGGUCCAGGACCCAGGAGAUACGAAUCCUGUCCACACACCCGGGGGCUCCUUCAGUGAAGACGCACAACAUCGACCCCCACCUUAGGGUCCCAGCCCACAGUGGCACAGAUGGGGUCCUGCUCCAGGCGCCUGCUGCUCACAAGAACACGGGCCUGGGGACCUUGGAGGUCAAAGGUGGGACGGAGAGGACCGCCCCCGCGAGGGCCCGGAGCGAGACUUCCUGCCCCUCCUGCUUCGUACUCUCAGGGGUUGAAGCUCCCGCAGGGCCUGCCCUGCCCCAAGACCCACAGGGCGGGGCCUCGGUGGGCGUGUCCGGGCUGCCCCUUCCGCCGGCCUCUUCCCGCAAGUCCCCCAGUGCGUGGCGGGGCUCAGGGAUGCUGCGGACGGCCACGACCCUCCGCCGCAGGUCGAGGCCCGGGGGGCGUGCGGCGAACUCCACGCCCGCCCCGGAGGACGGCACAGGCACAUGCUCACAAGUGCAGCCACCCCUGAGGGGCACCUUCCAAGUCCUUCGUGGCAAUGGCACUUCUGUGGGGACUGUCAUCGUGUUCCACUGCCCCUCGGGCCACCAGAUGGUGGGGGCCGGCCUGCUCACCUGUGUCUGGAAGCAGAGUGUCGCCGAGUGGUCUUCAGCAGCCCCUCUGUGCAAGUCCGUGCCACCCUAUGAGACCUUUGGCUUCAAGGUGGCUGUGAUCGCCUCCAUUGUCAGCUGUGCCAUCAUCCUGCUCAUGUCCAUGGCCUUCCUCACCUGCUGCCUCAUGAAGUGUGUGAAGAGCCGGCAGCCAUGGUCCGACAGGGCAGCCCAGCUGUGGCUGCAGCCAAGAGGCCAGGACUUGGAGACAGUGCAGGCCGCCUACCUCGGCCUCAAGGGCCUCGGCGGAAGGGAGCCCAGGAGCUGGCCUAGCCAGGUGCACGAUAACUACAGCUUCACCACGGACCUUGGUGAGGGCCCCAGGGAGCUGGUCGGUGUGGCCUGUGGCAUGGACAAGGACCCCUGGGUCCCCAGUGGCCCUACUGGCUCACCACACGCCCAGGUGAUGGUGAACACAGCAAACCUGGGACCAGUCCUGCCUGCCUCCGGGCCCACCUUGGAAAUGCCCGGACAGCCUACAGCCUCUGCCCCUGGGUGACAGAGGCUGAGGCCAAGGGCCAGGUCACGCCCGCCAGCCAGCCACCUGCAUCUCCACGUGUCCAGCUCCAGAGUGACCAGUGAAAUCAGCUUCAGGGUGUAGGGAUUCCCUCGGCACUGUGCUGGGGACCCCUGUGGGGGUGGCUUGUCCCAAGGAAGCCCAGCUGCAGCAGUUUUUAUAGCUAACCUUCCCUGAAACCAGCACUGUGGUUAACAGAACUGGCUGCAGCUUCCCUCUAAGCCCAGCUCCCCUGGAGAGACUGCAGGACAUUUUAAGCAAACCUAGAUUUGCAUAGCCAAGGGGGAAGCCAGCAGUGGACCAAGCAGUCACCACUGGCCGCCUGGCAUCUUCCUCUGCAGGGCAGGGCGCUGCAUCUGUCACUUGAAGUAGUGGGAGAGGUGUGAAAUAAAUAAUUCUUAAUACUGAAAA